AAAACAUAUUUCCAGAUGAUUUCAAGACUUAAAAACUAUUUAUGAUGAAUAAAGAAUGAUAGUGCCGAUGAUCUUGAUUCUAAAGGCAGAAGGCCUUCAAUGUCGAAUAAUUCUAAGUAUUCAAAGAGACAUAAAGAUAAUAGCAAAGGCAAUAUUGCAGCCCAAUUGAGUCCAAAUGUACAUAAUCAAGCAGGACAGAGUUGAGUAAAUGUUAAGAUUAAGUCUACAAGCCAAGAGUCAGCGCUGGCAUGCCAAAACAUGAACAUAAAAGGGAUCAAAGAUAUUGUCCAAGACAAGAAGCCAAGUAAAGAAAGUAGUAAGAGGUUGCUAUAUAAGGAAGAAUCAAAGCUCAGGAUGUCUAAAUAAUGCAGAGGAUAAUGAGCUAAUCAAAGAAAUGGUUCGAGAUAGCAAAGCAAGACCUGAUGAUAGCUCUGUCAGUGACUCAUUAAACCAAAAGCAGCCUUCUAUUAAGAUAAACAUUAUUAAAGACAGUUCAAAGGCUGCUGCUGCUGAGAAGGAAAAUUACCUCCAACUUUCCAAUAUUGAUGAGUCUAUGCUUAGAAGUGCCUGAUUAGGCCAGGUUUAUGAUGAUAGUAUCGAUAAAGUCGUCAGGAAGAGCAGGUCAAGAAUCAGGAGCCAAUGAGUUAAUAAGAAAGCACAACAGAGAGAAAGAAGAAUUAGAAGUGUUAGAAAAAGCCUACUGAGCAUGGUUUAGACUAUAUUAAAACUGAUAAAAAUAAACCUUCUUAGCGUCUAUUU